UUACCACUCCAACAGCUCUCAGACUCUGCUUCUCACAGCUGCAAGAACAGACCCCAAGACAAAGCUCCCAGGACAGACCCCAAUCAAAGCUCCCUCCCAGGACAGACCCCAGUCGAGGCUCCCUCUCAGGACAGACCCCAAUCAAAGCUCCCUCCCAGGACAGACCCCAAUCAAAGCUCCCUCCCAGGGCAGACCCCAAUCAAAGUUCCCUCCAAGGACAGACCCCAGACAAAGCUCCCAAGACAGAACCCAAACAAAGCUCCCAGGACAGACCUUAAUCAAAGCUCCCAGGACAGACCCCGAGACAAAGCUCCCAGGACAGACCCCAAACAAAGCUCCAAGGACAGACCCCAAACAAAGCUCCCAGGACAGACCUGCAUUCAAAGCUCCCAGGACAGACCUGCAUUCAAAGCUCCCAGGACAGACCCCAGAGUUACUUCUGUCGGAAGAGGAGAUAAUAAACAGGCUCAGAUGAUUAUGGAUUUUCUGAGCGAAAAGUUUGCCCUGAAGAGCCAGUCCAACAAAAACAGCGGCUUUUACAUGGGAGCAGGGGGCAAUUUGGAGCAUGUUAUGGAAACUCUGGACAAUGAGUCGUUUUACAGCAAAACCCCAGCAAACAAAUGCAUCCAGGCCUUCAAUGCCAUCCAGAGGAAUGAUCAUGUGAGAAUGGAGAGAUCGUCUCCCUGCCAAGACAGCAAUGUGAAUUAUGGAGUUACUAAAGUAGAAGGCCAGUCUCUUCACACAGAGCUCAGCAGACCCAUGGAGACCUGUUGCAGCCUGAGAGUGUCUCCAGUAAAAGGAAUUCAGGAUAAAGGAGAGCUGGAUGAACUUGGAGAUAAAUGUGACAGCAAUGUAUCAAGCAGCAAGAAGAGAAGGCACCGAACAACCUUCACCAGCCUACAGCUGGAAGAGCUGGAGAAAGUCUUUCAGAAGACCCAUUACCCAGAUGUGUAUGUAAGAGAGCAGCUAGCCCUGAGGACAGAACUUACUGAGGCCAGAGUGCAGGUUUGGUUCCAAAACCGCAGAGCUAAGUGGAGAAAGAGAGAACGUUAUGGACAAAUACAACAAGCCAAGAGCCAUUUUGCUGCCACCUAUGACAUAUCAGUUUUACCGAGAACUGACAGUUACCCUCAGAUUCAGAAUAAUUUGUGGACAGGAAAUCCUGCUGGUGGAUCUGUGGUCACAUCUUGUAUGCUUCCACGAGAACCUUCCUCUUGUAUGACUCCUUACUCCCAUUCCUCCCGGAGCGACUCUUCAUAUAGUGGCUUUACAAAUCACCAAAAUCAGUUUAGCCACAUGCCUCUUAACAAUUUCUUUACUGAAUCUAUAUUAUCAGGGUCAACAAAUGGACAUUCUUUUGAGGCCAAACCAGAAUUUGAGAGAAGGUCAUCUAGCAUUGCAGUUCUUCGAAUGAAAGCCAAAGAGCACGCAGCCAACAUUUCCUGGGCUAUGUAAAAUAAGCUAUUUUUUUAUAAUAAGAUACUAAAACAUUCUAUUUAAAGUUAUGUACAAUAUCAGUGUUCAGAUUCUGUUCAUAAUGGACAAGUCAUUAUUAUUGUGUUUAUAA